AGCUAGAGGAAAAGCCUGAGGCCAUCGGGAGUCAGCUCUCAGUUUGAAAUCCCAGCCUGCCCUGUGGGCUUCCCGCCCUUCUUCCCAUCCCCUACGGACCAGAAAGACCUGUCCCAGCAAGGGGUUCGGACUACAUCUCCCAGAGUGCCUGGCAGAGUAGUGGCCUCAGUGUGCCGGCUGCACCAGUUGCGGGUGACAAUGCAGCGGUCAGUGAGUGUGGUGGCCCCCCUGGGUUUUCGUCUGCAGGCGCAACUCUUGGUCCAGAGUCGCCCACUCAGUUCUGUACAGGAUGUGCUCCGCAGGACUCCACUCUAUGACUUCCACCUGGCCCACGGAGGGAAAAUGGUGGCGUUUGCAGGGUGGAGUCUGCCGGUGCAAUACCGCGACAGUCACGUUGACUCGCACCUGCAUACGCGCCGGCACUGUUCUCUCUUUGAUGUGUCCCACAUGCUGCAGACCAAGAUAUUUGGCUGUGAUCGAGUGAAGCUGAUGGAGAGCAUAGUGGUUGGAGACAUUGCGGAACUAAGGCCUAACCAGGGAACACUGUCACUGUUUACCAAUGAAGCUGGAGGUAUCUUAGAUGACUUGAUUGUGACCAAUACUUCUGAGGGGCACCUGUAUGUAGUGUCCAACGCUGGCUGCCGGGACAAGGACUUGGCUCUCAUGAAGGAUAAAGUCAAGGAGUUCCAGAACAGGGGCAGUGAUGUAGGCCUGGAGGUGGUAGAUAAUGCCCUGUUAGCUUUGCAAGGACCCACUACAGUACAGGUGCUGCAGGCUGGUGUGACAGAUGAUUUGAGGAAACUGCCCUUCAUGACCAGUGUUGUGAUGGAGGUGUUUGGUGUGCCUGGGUGUCGUGUGACCCGCUGUGGCUACACAGGAGAGGAUGGUGUGGAGAUAUCAGUGCCAGCAGGAAGGGCAGCCCACAUGGCAACUGCUCUACUGAAGAACUCAGAGGUGAAGCUCGCAGGACUAGCAGCCCGAGAUAGUUUGCGCCUGGAGGCGGGCCUCUGUCUGUACGGGAAUGACAUUGAUGAACACACCACGCCCGUGGAGGGCAGCCUCAGCUGGACGCUGGGGAAGCGUCGCCGAAUUGCUAUGGACUUCCCAGGAGCCGAUGUCAUUGUUCCUCAGCUGAAGGGGGAGGUGCAGCGGAGACGCGUCGGGUUGAUAUGUGAAGGGGCUCCAAUGAGAGCACACAGUCCUAUCCUGAACACAGAAGGCACCGUGAUUGGUACAGUGACCAGUGGCUGCCCUUCACCCAGCCUGAAGAAGAAUGUAGCAAUGGGGUAUGUGCCGUUCAAGUACAGUCGAACAGGAACACAGCUGCUGGUGGAGGUUCGACGGAAGCAGCAGAUGGCGGUGGUCAGCAAAAUGCCCUUUGUGCCCACGAACUAUUAUACUCUCAAAUGAAGUCGGUCCAUGGAAAAGCCCUUCCCUCCAGGAGCCUUUCCCUAGAGGGCAUUCAGAGAGCUCAGUAAGAACAGUGAAGCAGAACUCACAGGGGUGGAAGCUGAGUGAGGUUUGCUGUGGUCUGGUUAGGGUGGGGAGAGCAUUCCAUCCAGACUCCUUCCAUGACAAGCCAUUCUAACUUUAGGGCCCAAUUUUUAAAUGACAAAUAACCUUACUUAAUGUCCCAUUUUAGUCCAUAAGCCCAUUGCCUUUGUGUGAAGAAUAACACCUGCCCAACCUACCUCUCACCAUGGUUUCUCUAGUUUCAAAGGGCUAUUAUUGUGGGCAGUGUGGGCCUAGGGACCUUCUCCACUUUGCUUUCCAUGAAUGCACUGCUGCCUUUCCUUGGGCAGAAAUGAGUCCUGCCUGACUCAGUGUUGGCUGAGUUGUUCCUGUGUGUGUAGACUUAGGGAUGGCUGAGCAAACAUGGACUCACCCUUCCACAUUCCCUAGUCAACUCAGCCUGUUGCACAGUAGGUAAGACAUGGCAUGGCAGGCUUAGUACCUGGGCUGCCCUCCGCUGUGGUGAGUAAUUAUACUUUUCUAACUCUUGAAAAAAAAUUAAAGUGUCUUUCCUUAUUACUUGC